GUAACGUUGCACAACUCGUGCAAAUGAAUCCAGCAUAUGAAUGCCACGCAUUUAGUUACACAUUGUGUUCAUGUUCUGGGUUAAUUAAUUAAUGGUUUUGGCUAUUAAGGAGGUGUGUACAGAAUUUGGAAUUUAUAUUACUGUCACAGUAUUAAUAGCCAUGUUAAGCAUUUAAAACCUGGGAGGAAAUCGCUUAACCUGUAACUAAACGCAUUGCGUUCAUAUUCUGGGCUCAGCUGCUUUUAUUGGUGUCGUGUUUGAGUUUGGUCCUUUUUGGUCCAUUAAGACCUGGAGUGGGCCAGUUGCAUAAACUUAGUCACUAUAUUAAGAUGGUGUCCACAAGGUGAAACUGAAAAAACUCUCAAGGAAGUCAUAAAAACACUUCUGAUUGAAGUAAAAAAGAAGAACAAUGAGAACACUGUAAGAAUGCUCAUGGACAAGACUUUUUCAAUUAGGAGGCAUGAGGUGAUCAAGGAACCACUUAUUUCAGACUUCAAAAUCAGGUGGCCUGCUCUUUUCAAAACAGAAGAGGUAAGUGAAAUUUUCUAAGUGAAAUUUGUUUGUUGUUAGACUAUAUGGGUGUUUUGGUAACAAAUUACUUUUCAUGUGUUUGUAGAUUUGUGCAGAAUUUGAAAGAAUUACAACAAUUCCAUUGGCAUCAACGUUCUUUUCCAAGCUGGAUGGAUACUCUGGAAAGCUGAUGAAGAUCUUUGCCAACAGAGGAGGAGUAAUUGGACAAAAAUCAAACACCUCUUGGUGCCCACUACACAGACUGAUGACAUCGAAGUGAAGAGAGAGUGUAUAAUCAAAGCUCUUUGUGCCUACCUAAAUGAAGAACCUACCAGACAGUUUCAGGAGUUUUUUGCAAGAUACAGACAAUGCCACUGCACAGGAGGCGAUCCAGAAGACUGUGAUGGGGAUUUACAGUAUGUCACACAGCUUGAAGGUGCAGAAAUGGAAGAUAGCCUAGGAGAUGUUGUAGUGGUGUUGGAGGGGCAUAAGGUUCUUCAAAACCUUUGCAGUGUCCCAUAUGCAGCAGCCAUGAUAAUGGGACUAAUAUAUGGACUAAAUCUAAGUUUAUUAAAAAAUCUUGGAAGGGCCCUCAUUACUAUCUGUGCAGUAAUACGGCACAAAGGGAUAGCUUCUGGAAACCGCGUAGCAGUGCACAUAACAUCAACAUGGCAGAAGAAAAAAAGAAGUUUCUGAUGGACCACAGAGAUGAAAUUAUACAAAAGAUAAGAAAUCCCAUUCAACUGGCCGAUGUUCUGCAAGCGAAGGGACUUAUUGACAAUGAACUGUUUAGUACUAUCAAAAGCAGUGAAACCAAGCAAGAUAAAACCCGUGAAAUUUUUGGCUGUACCAAUAGCACAGUUCACUUUGUCUGCUUCUAUGAUUGGCUGAAGGAGAAGGAAUCAGACAUGUUUGAAGAACUGGAGAACAGGGACCCCGAGGGACCACAGAGAAAACGUGCAAGACUCAAGAAUAUGGAUGAAACAGAUAAUAAUAUUGCAAAACCUCCUGAUCUCACGAUGAUAUACACCUUCCCCAAACUGGAAGACUGGGUCUCUGUCCCCAACAUCAGCCAAAAUCUGCUGUGUGAUUUAGAGAGAAAGCUUACUGAUAAGAGCAUGGAAGAUUUGAAAAAAGAAUUAAAGGACAAAGAACCCAAAAAUUCUUUAUGCUUUAAUGCUGAUGAUAUUGAUGAAAUCAGAAAAAAUAAGGAACUUGACACAUUUCUCAAUACAACAAAGGAUGCAAAAUUUCCUAAAAUUCCACUUAAAAUGUUUUUUAAGAAAUGUGGAAAAGCUCAAAGCUCCACUGAUCAUGAAGAGAUCAUGGACACAAGUGAAUCAUUAGGAAGCAGUGGAUAUGGAUCUUUAUUAAGGUCAAAUUUAAAUGACAACAAUUGUCCACUCAAUUUCGACUGUUUGGGACAAAACAAUAAAGCAUUACCAGGUGAAGAUGUGUGUACUGAGUGCAGUCCCAACGGGGACAUGGAUAUGAAGAUUCAUGACAAUAAAGACAAUGAGUUGGAAUCCAAAACCACUGAACAGCAACAUGGGGGAUCAGUCAUCCAAAUGCACCAUGAGGUUAAAGCUGAUGCAACAUCACAGGAGCCUAUGGCCAGUCAGGAUAUUCAUAUUGAUAAGAUGGAUCAGCAGUCUCGAAGAUCAGAUGUGUCAAAGCAUAAAGAUGUAUCUCUGCAAGAAAAUGCACAAUUCAGAAAAAAAGAAACUCAAUUAGUAGAUGGAAUUGGAGGAACAGACAUGCAGGAUAUAAACAGAGAGACGGAUGAGGAACCUCAAAGAUCAUUUGGUUCAAGUGACUCCAGGUAUGAAGAUGUAUCUCUGCAAGAAAAUGAACGAUUCACCAAAAAAGAGAGUCUAUUAGAAAAUGGACUUGGAGCAGCAGACAUGCAGGAUACACACAUUAGGGAGCCAGAUGAGGAACCUCAAAGAUCAGGUGGACCAAAUGACUCAAGGUAUGAAGAUGUAUCUCUGCAAGAAAAUGAACGAUUCUCUAAAAAAGAGACUCCAUUAGAAGAUGGACUUGGAGGAACAGACAUGCAGGAUAUAAAGAUUAGAGAGACAGAUGAGGAACCUCAAAGAUCAUGUGGAAGAAAUGACUCCAGGUAUGAAGAUGUAUCUCUGCACCAAAAUGAACGAUUCACUAAAAAAGAGUCCCCAUUGGAAGAUGAACUUGGAGGAACAGACAUGCAGGAUAUAAACAUUAGAGAAACAGAUGAGGAGCCUCAAAGAUCAUGUGGACCAAAUUAUACAAAGCAUGAAGAUACAUAUGUGAGGCAAAAUGAGUCAGACAGAUGUAGAAACAUGAACAUUCAUCAAAAUGUGCAAGGAAAUAUGGAGGUUGACCCUGAGCCUUUUUCUUCAAAGCAGCUGCAGGAGUAUACACAAAUGGGUAGAACAGAGAUCUUAGCAAAAUAUACAGACACAGCCACAUUAACUACAAAAAGAAAUGUUAAAUUUAAAGCUACACAAAGGAGGGAAAAGUCAGAAUCCAUGAGGAAAAAUAAGAAAGAAGAGAAGGAUAAACUGCUUCAUGACUGGGCUUUGAGACAAUGUGAUGGCCCUAAACAAGACGUAAGGAAAAUAUUGGAGCAGAUUUCAAUCAAAAACAUGGUGGAACACAGUGAUAAACCAUGUUUUAUUGCUGAAAAUGUCGUGGUGUAUAAGGACUCAACUCCUGAGAGCCAAAUUAUCUUUAUUGCCAAUGAUAAUACUUCCAUCAGCACUAAGACCCUGGUCCAUUAUCAAAUGUUUGUGUGUAACAUUAAGAAAGCAACAAUCUUAGGUCCUAAAAAACCUACUGAACAUCAGAUUGAAUAUGAUGAGACCAAAGUGCCUGUAGAUAAGUGUACAAGAUUUGUUUUCGAAGCGUUUGCUCCCAUUCUUGCAAUGUUCAAAAUGAUUCAGAAAGAGAAUUUGUACUCUCUAUUCUGAGUACAGUAAAAAAUCUAAAAACUUGUAAAUGAACACUGUAAAUAUAAUGAAUGCCUAAGGAUGCAAAGCCAUUCUGAAGGUGUAAAAAGAGAGAAGUCUAUCAAAGGCAUUACACAAGCAUUGGGCAUAGCAGGUACAUGUUAUGGACAGCUUGGUCUAUUCCCUGUCUGAACACUAGGGAGACAUUCUAGCAGGCUUUGUUUGUCUUGUGCCAUGUGCUUUUGUUUUUGUUUUGUGUAUCACACUUGUUUUCCCCACCCUAUCCUUUAUCUGUUCCCGCCUCUGCAAAACUGUUCCUUGUGUCUCAGUAACUGCCCUCCCUACAUAUACCUGUGUUUUUGUGUAUUGUUAACUGGUUUUUGUUUUAGAUCAUUUGUUUUCCAUGUGUUUUGUUUUCUUAAUAAAUCCCCUUUUACUUUA